ACGGGCAGAGGGGGUGUUGGGGUGGAACUUUUUGCAAUGAGGCAUGUUGUUCGAUCCUGUUGAAGGCAACGAUUGAAUAUUGGGUAACGCAGUCACCGAACGAACGAACGAACCCGUGACGAGAAAGACUGGGAAUUUUUGCACAUUCACACGCGCAUUCGAGCCACAUCUACUUUCUCUGACUCGAGCUCACAGGAGCAAAGAACGUUUGAAUAUCUGGUUCUUACGAAGCAAAAAAACUGUUAUUCUUUUUCAUCUCCCCGUCUUUGGUCACGCAUAUUAAUUCCCUCGCUUUUUACCAUGUAUUAGACAUAUCUUUACACAUCUUUUUUUUUUUUCUUUGCUUUGGUUUAUGUAUUAUGGAUGGAUGGAUGGAUCGCAUGGUAUGGCAUGGUCACUGGCGCGAGCGGGACCGGGAAUAGGGACACUUCUUGAUUUAUAUAUACACCGACACCGACACACUACGAAUGGAAUGGCCUUUCCUCUUUUUCGUAUGCCCUUUUUUUGUUCUUUUUGGCAGUUUCUGUUUGGAUUUCGCCAUGGUGGUGUAUAAUGAGGGGGAUGGUUUAGAUAAAGUCAACUGCGGUUGUAGGAGUACUAGACGACAAAAGCUGAUAGCGUUCAAACGACAAAAAGUUGGUUUCGUCCAAUCUGUCCAAUCAUCUUGCGAAUACCGUCCGAAUUGGGAAGGCUUGAUGCUGUAGCUGCGGAGGUGAUGGAGUCUUUUUGCUGCAGCUUGGGUUGGUGGAGCCCCAUACGUACAUACGUACCACUGCAGCUUGAGGUUCACAGCAGCAUAUCGAGACGUGAUGAUUACAGACUUGUGAUAUUUAUGGUUGCGUC